CGUGAGGCGGGGCCUCCUCUCAGCGCCGGGAGCUCAGGGUUUAGGAGUCGUUGCUGUGGACGUAGAGACGGGGAUGUGAGCGGCCAUUGAGGGGCGGCCAGGGUGCCGGUGAGCCCCUGCCCCCAUCUGCUCGGUGUGCGGGCUGAGCUUCGAGGGGCUGAGCUUCGAUACAGGACUACAUGACGGGGCACAACAAGCAGAAGCAUUAUGAGUGCGACGUGUGUGGCAAGGUCUAUCGGAGCCCUUGCCUGCUAGAGACCCACCGGCGGGUGCACACAGGAGAACGCCCCUUUGACUGCACAGAGUGCUGCAAGAGCUUCAACCGCUAUGACACCCUGCUGCGGCACAACCUCAUACACUCUGGUGAGAGGCCAUUCGGCUGCUCCACCUGCGGCAAGAGCUUUGCCCAGUGGUGGGGGCUGCGGGAGCACCAGCGGGUGCACAGUAGUGAGCGGCCCUUCACCUGCGCCGACUGUGGCAAAGGCUUCAAGUUGUCCUCGAACCUGAAGGUGCACAGGCGCGUGCACACCGGGGAGCAGCCCUACACCUGCAGCUACUGCUGCAAGAGCUUCACCCACUCCAAGAGCCUGCUGUCCCACGAGCGCACCCACACCGGUGAGCGCCCCUUCACCUGCACCAAGUGCGGCAAAGGCUUCUCCCGUUCCGACAACCUGCUGGAUCACCAGCGGACCCACACCGGCGAGCGCCCCUACACCUGCGCCCAGUGCGGCAAGGGCUUCACCCGCUCCAACAGCCUGCUGGUGCACCAGCGCACCCACACCGGCGAGCGCCCCUACACCUGUACCCAGUGCGGCAAGGGCUUCAUCCGCUCCAAGAGCCUGCUGGAGCACCAGCACACCCACACCGGUGAGCGCCCCUUCACCUGCGUCCAAUGCGGCAAGGGCUUCACCCGCUCCGACAACCUGCUGAAGCACCAGCGCACCCACACCGGCGAGCGCCCCUUCACCUGCGCCCAGUGCAGCAAGAGCUUCACCCGCUCCAACAACCUGCUGGAGCACCAGCAGGUGCACACCGGCGAGAGGUCCUUUGGUUGCUCCGACUGCGGCAAGAGCUUCAAUACGACAUAAAAGCUAAAGAUCCAUUGGCGGGUGCACACGGGCGAGAUGCUCUUCGGCUGCUCCACCUGCGGCAAGAGCUUUGCCGAGUUGUCAGGGCUAAGGCGGCUCCGGCAGGCGCACAACAGUGAGCGGCCCUUCACCUUCUCCGACUGCGGUAAAAGCUUCAAGUCGACGCUGGAACUCAAGGUACACAGGUGCCUGCACUCCGGGGAGCAGCCCUACACAUGCAGCGACUGCGGCAAGGGCUUCACCAGUUCUAAAAAGCUGUUGGAGCACCGGCGCACCCACACUGGCGAGCGCCCGUUCACCUGCGACCAGAGCGGCAAGGGCUACACCCACUCCAACAGCCUGCUGUCCCACCAGCGGGUGCACGCCGUGACCGUCCCUUCCCCAGCCCGGUGUGUGGAGAGCGCUUUGCCAUGGCCAACCACACCCUGUCUCACCAGCACGUGCACACCAGUGACCAGCCCUACGACUGCCCGUACUGCGGGGGUUGCGGCAAC